AUGUCAAAUCAAAAUAUCUCUACUUUUCUUACAUUACCAGUAGAGCUUGUCUAUCGAAUUUUGGACCAUCAAUUGGAUUUUACAAUUCUAUGCUCAAUGAGAAAUGUAUGCCAACGAUUCAAUAACAUCGUAGAUAGUUACGAUCGAUAUCAGACACUCACUACAUUAGAUCUCGAAUCUAAUGAAAUUAGAGAUAUCGGGGCACAACAUUUGACCAAUGUAUUACGAUACAACACCACACUCACCACCCUGAGUCUCGCAAGGAAUGCAAUCAGAGAUGUUGGAGCACAAUAUUUGGCUGAUGGAUUACAACACAGCACAACACUCACCACACUGAAUCUUGGAUGUAAUCAAAUCGGACAUGUUGGAGCACAAUAUCUUAAUAAUGCACUACGACACAACACCACACUCACCACACUAGAUCUUACACGAAAUGAAAUCAGAGAUGUUGGAGCACAAUAUUUGAGUGAUGGAUUACGACACAACACAACACUCACUACACUGAAUCUCGGAAGUAAUGAAAUCGGAUAUGUUGGAACACAACAUCUUAGUAAUGCAUUACAACAGAACUCCACACUCACUACACUAAACCUCGGAGGUAAUCAAAUUGGACAUAUUGGAGCACAAUAUUUGAGUAAUGAUGAUAAUGGUCAAUGGCUAAUAGAUGAUUGUAAAAAAUCUAAUAUUGAUAUCAAUCAAUUACAUACAACUGAUGAUAAAACACCAACAUCAUAUACCUAUGUAAUCAGUGUUGAAUCAACAGGUCGACGAACAUUUUUUAAUCAACGUGGUACGAAUUCAUUACUUAAUGAUACACAUUUUGAUUUUAAUUAUCUCGCUAAGAAAAAAAAUUAUAAUUUAUUUUAUCUUGGUUAUUUAACAUUACUUGAUGGUUUAGAUCAAAUUAUAAAUAAUGAAACAGUAGCAGCACAAGUACUUAAAAAAGCAAAAGAAUAUGGUUUAGAAACAAUUAUAGAUUUUGUUAGUGUACAUAAUUCAUUAUAUUCAAAAAUUGCUCAAUUAACAUUACCCUAUGUUGAUCAUUUAAUAUUAAAUGAAAUUGAAACUGGUCUUAUACUUAAUCAAUCAUUUCAACAAGGAACUAUAGAACAAAUUGAACAAGCAGCAAGAAUAUUAAUGGAAAAUUAUGGUGUACAACGUACAGUAACAAUUCAUUUUGAUCGUGGUGCUAUUUGCGUAAGUCGAGAAAAUUCGUCAACUAUCGAAUCAUUUUAUCAAGGAUCAUUGUGUCUUCCAAGUGGAUAUAUUAAAGGUGCUGUUGGUGCUGGUGAUGCAUUUGCUGCUGGUGUUAUUUAUGGAAUUUAUAAAAAAUGGUCAAUUCAAGAACGUUUAUUUUGUGGAAUAUGUGUUGCUGCUAUGUGUUUAAAAGAUGCAACAUCUUAUGCUGGUGUCGGAAGUAUUGAAGAAUGUUUAAAAUUCAGAGAAAUAUUUUGUUGUCGAACAAUGGAACCAACAUCUUUUAUUACAGAUACAGAAAAUUAA